AUGGGGUACAAAGAGACACACACACUCUUUCAAGUGUGUAACAACAGGCAUCACUGCCACUGUGACCCAGGCUGGGCCCCCCCUUUCUGUUGGGCCCCGGGGGGCGGGGGGAGUGUAGACAGCGGCCCCAUCGUGUCGCACGGCACUCUACUUCCUGUCCUGUUACUCCUCCUCCUCUGUGGCGUCGUGGGAUUGGCUGCCGUGGGGAUCUGGUGCUGCUACAAACACAAGCUCCACCCCCUGAAGAGCUCCGCCCCAUCGGCCCAGACCAGUAGGCGCUGCUCUGUACCAAACUCUAGAGGAGAAGCUGGUGGUCAUGCCAACCCAACAUUCCAACUCAGGAAACCUGAAACCCAUAACAAACCCACGGCCAGUCUCUGCCCAUCUCACGCCCCGUGUCCACGGAAUGCUGUCGUCAGGCCAACCACCAAGCCUCCACCAAUCCCUGCAUACGCUCAAAACACACACACCAUACAGAACACACACUCAUCAGAGGACACACACACCAAACACACAUCACACAUCGGACCAGACACUGAUACAACACACACACAGAAGACACACACCAUGUCACCCAGUCCGCAGAGCCAGCAGAACACACAGACACUGCAGAACACACACCCCACGCAGAGGCCUCAGCUUUCACACACUCCCAAGCCAGCCCGCCACACCUCAGUGCCCCCCCGCCAAACAUACCCCCCCCUGCCCCCCCAACCCAGACGCUUCCCCGCUGCCUCCUCUGGGCCAAUCAGGAGAGAGAGGCCAGUCUCUGCUCAUCUCACGCCCCGUGUCCACGGAAUGCUGUCGUCAGGCCAACCACCAAGCCUCCACCAAUCCCUGCAUACGCUCAAAACACACACACCAUACAGAACACACACUCAUCAGAGGACACACACACUAAACACACGUCACACAUUGGACCAGACACCGAUACAACACACACACAGAAGACACACACCAUGUCACCCGGUCCGCAGAGCCAGCAGAACACACACGUGUCACCGACGCCCUCUUGUGGCCACAGUGAAGCACUGCACCCCAGCAUCAGAUUCCACAAAGACGUAACAGAGCGGAGUUGAGCUCCAGUUGCCUUUCAGAGAGAGAGUGUGUGUGUGUGUGUGUGUGUGUGUG